AAUCUCAGUGCAAUUAAGUAAAAUGCUAAAUUCAUGGGUAUUCAGACUUGCGCUUGUGUUGGGUGCCGUCUCUGCGAUUACCCCAAACAAUCCCAUCAGAACCGUGAUUGCAUUCGCUGUCAUUGGAUAUGUCGUGACCAUCCUGAUCAUCCCUCGCCUUGGUGCCAGUUUCAUCAAGAUUGGACUCAAGGGGAAGGACAUGUCUAAACCACCACCAGUCAGUGAAAUACCAGAGACAAUGGGGUUGGUGGCUGCAUUAACUUAUAUGUUCCUCAUGUUUGGCCUUAUCCCAUUUAUCUUCUUCAAGUAUUUGGUAUCUUUUGGAUCCAUGUCGGAUGAUGCAGUGGUUGCAUCCAAUUAUAUCGAGCAAUAUCUUGCUGUCGCCAACAACAGGUUGUUCCCUCAUAACAAAUUGGCUGAGUUUUUGAGUGCAGUGUUGUGUUUGCAGAGUACUGUGAUUUUGGGGUUCCUUGAUGACUUGUUUGAUAUUAGAUGGAGACACAAGUUUUUCAUUCCCGCAGUUACUUCGUUGCCAUUGUUGAUUGUCUACUAUGUUGAUUUCAGUGUAACUAGUGUGGUUAUCCCUAGGUUUGUCAGUGACUUCCCUGGUGGAUACUUUUUGAUUAACGUGAUCAAUUGGAUCAGCAAGUAUGGAAACCACUUGGUUACUUUAGUUACGGGGUUAUCGUUUAGAACAUUACAAACAGAUUACGUGGUGCCGGACUCUACUCCUAAAUUGCUUGAUUUAGGGAUAUUCUAUUAUGGUUACAUGUCGGCUGUUUCUAUUUUUGCCCCCAAUUCCAUCAACAUCUUGGCGGGAAUUAACGGGUUAGAAGUGGGACAAUCCUUGGUGCUUGCGGUCAUUUUCCUUAUUAACGAUUUCUGCUAUCUUUCGUCAGAGAAAAUUUCUCAAGCAGCUCACGAUUCGCACUUAUUGUCGGUGAUUUUCAUCGUACCGUUCGUGGGGGUAUCCCUUGCAUUGCUUCAAUACAAUUGGUUCCCAGCCAGAGUGUUUGUCGGAGACACGUAUUGUUACUUUAGUGGUAUGGUAUUUGCCAGUGUGGGUAUCUUGGGUCAUUUCUCCAAGACAUUGUUAAUCUUCCUCUUGCCGCAAAUCAUAAACUUUAUCUAUUCCGUGCCACAAUUGUUUAACAUCGUGCCAUGUCCUAGACAUAGAUUGCCUAAAUUUGAUGUCAAGGACGGAUUAAUGUAUCCUAGUUAUGGAGAACUAAAAAGUAAGAAGGGGAUAUCCAAUGCAUUGCUUUCAUUUUUGGAAUUGUUCAAACUUGUCAAACUAGAAAGAGAUAAACUGGGUGCAAUUACAAGGUUUUCUAAUUUAACAAUCAUAAAUCUUUUAUUGGUGUGGUUUGGUCCAUUACGAGAAGAUCACUUGUGUACCUUAAUCCUUGGAAUACAAUUUGUCAUCGGUGUAUCGAUGCUUACGGUUAGACAUACAGUCGGUCCAUGGCUAUUCGGAUAUGAUAACUUAUCAUGGGGUGUAAAGUAGGUUCUAUAGACAUUAUAAUAUAGGUCGUGUAAAUUCGCACAAUCAAAUUUC